UGUGUGUGUGUGUGUGUGUGUGUGUGUGGUGGGGGUUACCAGAGGUAGGAGGGUCAAAGGGGCUCUGCACACUGUGCAAGAAAAGAAGCAGAGAGCAGGGAGCUGUGUGAACGCAGUUUUUUCCUGGAGGAUUACAGGCGAACACACACGCAAGCACUCGCUCAUCAACACGGAGACACGGUGCACGGAUAUCCAGCAUGCAUUUAAAUCUUCUCAUCUGAUACUUUGUGGGCCGGAGCUGUUUCCUGCAGGAGGCUGAGGAAGGCUCCCACCAUGGCAGAAGCAGCAGGCGGGUCGCAGAGUGAGGUAGAGGAGGAGGAAGCUGCUCUGUCCCGGGGCAGCGGAGUGUGCAAGUGGUUCAACGUGAGGAUGGGCUUCGGCUUCCUGUCCAUGAGCAGCAGGGACGGAGCUGCUGUGGAGGAGACGCUGGACGUGUUUGUCCACCAGAGCAAACUGCACAUGGAGGGCUUCCGCAGCCUCAGAGAAGGAGAAGCUGUCGAGUUUACCUUUAAGAAAUCAUCAAAAGGACUGGAGUCUGUCCGGGUUACUGGGCCCAACGGGGCCCCAUGUCUGGGCAGUGAGAGAAGACCAAAGAGUGGCCAGAAACGACGCUCCAAGAGUGACAGAUGCUACAACUGUGGAGCACCCGGCCAUCAUGCCAAAGAGUGUCAGCUGCCGCCUCAGCCCAAAAAGUGCCAUUGCUGUCAGAGUGUUUCCCACAUGGUGGCCAGCUGUCCGAUCAAAGCACAGCAGCAGCAGCAGCAGCAGCAGCAGCAUUCGUCUCCAGGCUCUCAGGGACCAGCUACCUCACAGAGAGACGAGGAAGAGGAGCAAAGCCAGGCCGCCCUCUCUGAGAACUCAGAGUGAAUGCUUGAGGUUUUCCACUGGAACACUGCUUUUACAAAGAGCUACCUCAGGUUUUAUUUAUUGAGGAGUCAUUGCUGCGGUGCUGAUGAGGUGUGUUGUUCGAUAGAGAGCUGGCAGACAUGUCCACUUUGAAAACUUUCAUUUCUUAGGUUGUUUUUCUGCCUCGGAUAAGUGUCUUAGCUUUGGAAUGAAACAAUCAGACUUACUGUUGAUUCAGCCGUGUAGUAGCCACACAUGUCAUGACUGAUCUGACAUGACGUGUGCCUCAGUUAAAUGAGCCUUUCUUUAAAAACUCUCCAAAGCAUCACACACAUACAGGGUGUGUGAGAAUUUGAUAUAUGGGUUUGCAGAUAUAUGACAUCUAUAAAACCAGCAUGAUGGUUCUAUUAGACCUCUGUAUUUUAUAGGUUUUCACAUGUCAGAGCCGGAAAAACACAAAUGCAAGUGGUAACACGUUGCAUUCCAGUUAGGUUUUGGGUAUUAUGCAUGCUGACCUACUGCCAUGCCUUAUUAGGACACUUCAUAGGAACUGAUGCAUCAUUCAUUAGUUUAAUGUUCUGUUCUUUUGUUUCCAGUUGUAACAAAUCAAAUACCUGCUGCGAGAGAGGCCACUACACUCAGGCAUGAAUGUGGCUCUCACAUUUUCCCAGUACUUAUACUUUAGUUCAUUUGCUACCUCGAAAUGGUACUAAACUUUGAGAUAAAUCUCAGGGCAAGUGACAAAGGUGACAAUGUAGAUGUUCUUGACCUUCUGUUAAAGGUCCUGUAUGUGACUUUCAGAGCAUUAAUAUGGCAGCAAACCACUAUUUGCUAUGUAAAGAUACAGUGGAGUAAUGGCGUCAGAGCAGAGAAUGAAGUCGCACUAUCUCUUUGUAUGCUGUAGUCUGAGCUUCUCUGUGGUUUGUUGUGGUAAGCCGGGCUGGCUACGUUUGCAUGUGUG